AUGUGCGAGCAAACACCAAUGGAAGAAAAAUUGCCCGAAGUGUCUUGGCCAACUGGUAAGCAAUAUUAUAUUGAUAAUGGGUUUGGGCUUGUAGCCGUCAAUCCGAAAGCUUUGACACCUUAUUUCCUUUUGAAAGCCUUCCCAAAAGCUAGGAUUAUUAGUAAUACUAGAGAUUAUAUUUUUCCGAGAGAAAUUGGUUUAGAGUUCGACGAAUUAAGAAGAGUAUUGGCUGGUAACAUUGCAAUUUCAUUCAAAGUAAGUGAUAGAUACUUAAAGUAUCAAAGCCAAAAAUUCGACUCUAAUAAUGCGGAACCUGUUACCAUCAAUGAUGCACAGGUUGGAGGCCAAAAAAUUUAUGCUUUUUACGAUAAAGGAAAAUACAAUGAAUUCAAUCUAGCUAGCGUAACUCCAAAAGAUAUCCUAGAUGGAGAACCGAUAGUAAUGUCUAUCCUUAAUUGUAAGGUCGUCGACUCUUCAAAGAUAGCACCUCAUCGUGUUUUGUCAAAUCCUGACUUUGCCACUCUUAAAAACGAAUUGGAAUCCCCAGCACCAACCUUAAUCAAAUUAACCAAAAAGUAUCUAGAAGCUCAAGUAAAGAUACCUGAAGUGAACAAUAUUGGUGAAUCAUCGUAUCCAAACGCUUUGACACCUAAUCACCUUUUGAAAACAUUCUCAACUGGUAGGAUUAUUAGCAAUACUAGAGAAACAGGAUCAGUACCAAAAGAAAUUGAUCAGUUCGUAAAGCUUACGAUUCCAGAUGGUAAAUCUAUAGCCGCUUUUCCCUUAGAAGAUGUGUCCAUCGAAAAAAUUUUAGAUGUAAUACCCAAAACCAUAAUGCUGCGAAACUAUCCGAACGUGACUAUGAGAAGCCAGAAUGUUUAUUCUGAUCCUUUACCAGGAUUUCAGGAGGUACGUAUGUUACUCGCAGACAAGGCACCGAAGGAAAUAGUCCUUUCUGCUAAUUACUUGAAGCAAGAGGAAAAAACAUUCAAUGCAAGUUUACGUACUCCAGAUAUCAUAAUUUAUCUAGGGGAACCUGCGCCACUCAAGGAUAUAAAGUUGAACACGUUAUCACCAACUAAAUGUCUAGAGCUUUUCCCAACUACUUUUCAUUUAAGGACGAACAAUGACACGUCCUUUCGUACAUCAGCAGAGCUCACUCCAAAUCCAGGUUAUGACUUUCAAGAUGUGAAGAAACUUUUUGCAAAACAAGGGGAGCACGUUGUGGCCUUAACCAAAUGUUAUCUGGAACAACAAAGUGCUCUUAAUGAGGUCGAGAAACACGGCUCGUCUUUGAACUCCAGCAAUAGUGGUUUCUACUUUAUCCAAGGAAAAGCUCCUGCUAUGUUCUGUUCAUCAGAUAAACUUGAUCCAAGUUAUUUGAUGUCUCUUUCUGAAGAACUCAUCGAAAUCAGCAAUUGUACCGGUAGCACACAGGCUAACUCAUUAUUCCGAUACAAUGUGACGCAAGAUUUUGAAACUGUCCUACAGGAACUACUAAGUAAGAAUUCGGUCACAUUCGUAUUAUCAAAAUCUUACUUAUUAAAGCAAGCAACUAGGCUAGAUAAAAAUUGGAACGAUAUGCAGUAUAUCCAAACGGAGAACACCCAUAUAUAUAUUUCAAUGAAAGAUGAAAGAUUAGGGGCAUACCCGGCUCGGAAAGCAACACCAGCUCUUCUCUUGGGUUUCUUUACUGAAAUUUUUAUUACUAAUUCCUACCCAGACAAAGACAAAGAAUUCACUAAAUACCUUGCUGAUGACUUUAAUGAUUUUAGUGUCGUGAAGAAUAUCUUAUUAGAAGACAGAUUUAUUUCUUUUCAAAUUUCCAGACAGUUCCUCAAAAACUGUUGUAAAAAGUCCAUAUCUAGUGAAGUCAAAGGAACAAAGGAUUGCACUGCAGUUUCCUCAGUCAAUAGCUCAAGUAACUACAACGAGGGCAUCCAAGUGACAGACAAUUCUAUUGCUAAGAGGCAAAUAUUAUUGAGUGAAGCAGCAAUUGUACAAUUAAAUGCAACUAUCCAAAAAACGAUUAACUAUAUAUCUAAAGGAGAUGAAAAAGAAAGGGAAAGGUCUAGCUCAAAGAAAGUAAGUCUUUUCAACACAGAGUUGGAAACAGAUGACGAAACACAUGAUUUCAUAUCUACUUUAAAAACAAGUGAAGACCUCAAAAAGGUUGUAAAUGGGUACCCCAAAUUUAAAGAAUGGAGAUAUAUAGGCGGAAAAGACGAAUCCGAAAUAGAUGAACGAUUUAGUAGUAAAGAUAAUAUGAUAGCACAAGUAUCGAUAAAUCAUGAACUGGAAAAUAUCAAAAAACCUGAGGAGUUCCUUAAUAGUACAGCCUUAGAGGUAACUAUGGAAAGAAGGUACAAAGAUAUAAAAUUCACUUUGACAAACCGCGGGAAGUCUGAUCUUCCUGGAAACUCAAAAUUUGUCGUUCAAUAUUCCAUUGAACACCAUGGCGUUGCACACGUUGCUGACGUCACGUUAGAUAUGGGACCUCAUAAACUUCUCAUAGGAAGUAAGAAACAUCUGCUCUGGUCUCCGCCUUGCCCAAUACAUAAUGGUAUUGUCGUUGAUGUGGUCGAACUUUCGACUGAAGAUGGUUUUGUAUUUUAUAGCGGUAAAGUACAUGACAAUAAUUUUGAGUUGUCAACUCCAGCUCUCUCCUAUGAGCACUUAGAGGUUAAUGAACAGUAUUAUAAUAGCUUAGAGAAAAGAAAACAGGUGAACUUGUUAGUAAGAGCAAUGUAUCAGAGGAAUCUAUUUCCAUUGAUACUUCAACAAGACAAACUUGGGAGGAAUAUGAUCUGCUAA